AUGCAAGCUGUAUCGGCAUAUCUUCGUGGAUUAAAUGGCAUAAAUGGAUUAAUUAUUACUGGGUAUGACCCAAAGACACUUGAAGAAGCAUAUCAUCAUUACCAGCAAGAAAUUAUCAAAGAAGAUUAUCCAACCAACCGAUUAACAAUUUUCAACAACAAAGACAAGAUCAAAGAUUUCAGUAUCAACAACAAGGUACUUCAUACCAACAACGACAACACCAACGAGAUUUCCAACCGUUUCAAAGACAACAACACAGUUUUGAGCUAUGAGAAUUUCAACCAUUUCAAAGACAACAACGAAGUUUUGAGCAACGAGAAUUUCAACCAUUUCAAAGACAACGAGGUUUUGAACAACGAGAAUUUCAACCACGAGAUUUACAACAAUUACAACAACAACGAGAAGUCCAACCAUUCCAACAACAGCAACAUGAGAACCAACAGUUCCAGCACUAACUUCAGCGUGAUCGAGAGCUAA